AUGUCUACUGUUGGAAAAACUAUUAAGUGUAGAGCUGCCGUUGCCUGGGAGGCUGCCAAGCCAUUGUCGAUCGAAGAAAUCGAAGUCUUGCCUCCUAGAGCCCACGAAGUCAGAAUCAAGAUCUUGCACACUGGUGUCUGUCACACUGAUGCAUACACUUUGAGUGGUGUUGACCCAGAAGGUGCUUUUCCUGUCAUUUUGGGACAUGAAGGUGCUGGUAUCGUCGAGUCUGUUGGCGAAGGCGUCACCAAUGUCAAGGUAGGCGACUCUGUCAUUGCUUUGUAUACCCCAGAAUGUAAGGAAUGUAAGUUCUGUAAGUCUGGAAAGACCAACUUGUGUGGCAAGAUCAGAGCUACCCAGGGUAAGGGUGUGAUGCCAGAUGGCACUUCUAGAUUCAAGUGCAAGGGCCAAGAUCUCUUGCACUUCAUGGGUUGUUCCACUUUCUCGGAAUAUACAGUCGUAGCAGACAUUUCUGUCGUUGCUGUGAACCCAGAAGCCAAGCCAGACAGAACCUGUUUGUUGGGCUGUGGUAUCACUACUGGUUACGGUGCUGCUACCAUCACAGCUGAUGUGCAAGAAGGCGACAAUGUCGCUGUCUUCGGUGCUGGUUGUGUCGGUUUGUCUGUAGUCCAAGGUGCUGUUCUGAGGAAGGCUGCUAAGAUCAUUGUUGUUGAUAUUAAUGACAAGAAGAAGGAAUGGGCCGAUAAGUUCGGUGCCACCGACUUCGUCAACCCUACUACUUUGCCAGAAGGAACUACUAUUGUCGACAAGUUAAUUGAAAUGACUGACGGUGGUUGUGACUACACCUUUGACUGUACUGGUAAUGUCAAUGUCAUGAGAAAUGCCUUGGAAGCAUGCCACAAGGGCUGGGGUACUUCUGUCAUUAUUGGUGUUGCUGCUGCCGGUAAGGAAAUCUCUACUAGACCCUUCCAAUUGGUCACUGGUAGAGUCUGGAAAGGUGCUGCCUUUGGUGGUGUCAAGGGUAGAUCGCAAUUACCAGGUAUUGUCGACGACUACAUGAACGGAAAGUUGAAGGUAGACGAGUUCAUCACCCACAGACACCCAUUGGAAAAGAUCAACACUGCCUUUGAAGACAUGCAUGCCGGAGACUGUAUCAGAGCCGUGAUCGACUACUAG